GCCCGUCCGCGCCCAGGCGCGGGAGCCCGAGCGCCGAGCCGGAGCCGGAGCUCGCCCAGCCCUGCGCCCGGAUAGAGGGGCGAUGCCGUUCGGUCUGGCCACCCCCCGCGAGCACCGCUCCGGAGACAAAGCCAGCGCGUGAGCGGCGCCCUCGGCCCGGGUGAGCCUCAGAGCAGGAGCCCUGACUCAGCCUCUCGUCUGACGACUGUCAGCUGCCACUGCCACCAGCCCGUCCCCUGCCCAGGCCUGUCACUGUGCCAUCUCUCAGCAGGGGCAGCAGAAUGAAAGAAGGCAUGUCCAGUAACAGCACUGCCAGCAUCUCCCAAGCCAGGAAGGCUGUGGAGCAGCUGAAGAUGGAGGCCUGCAUGGACAGGGUGAAGGUCUCCCAGGCAGCAGCGGACCUCCUGGCAUACUGUGAAGCUCACGUGCGGGAGGACCCUCUCAUCAUUCCAGUGCCUGCGUCAGAAAACCCCUUCCGAGAGAAGAAGUUCUUUUGUACCAUCCUCUGACUCCGUUUGCUAUGAAAACGUCUCCUUUUCUGUCCGUAAAAUCCCUUGUAGAGACCGUGCAUGCUCAUAGCUUUAGGGAGCUCUGCCCACACCCACCCCCGCCCAACCAGGAUUGCCCAGGCCUGUCUCCUCUUUUCAUUGGUUUUCUUCACUGCAUUCUAUUUCACUUUUUCUUUUCAUUUUCAUGUUAUUUUCAUUAUUAGAAAAGGAAAUAGACAUUUUUGUAGCCAAAUAACAAAUGUGCCAAGUAAAAAUAAGUAUGGGUUUAAAGGCUUAAAUUUUUUUAACAUCAAUUCCCAAGUUUACAUAGGUCAAGUGUAUACAUUUCAGUGGAUAAUUUAUUGAGAAGUGGAUAAUUUAUUGAGAAGAGAAAACAGUCCCCCAUUCGUGAUCAUUCAGCGUCAAAUUAGAUCAUUUUGACCAACUGAAGUACAUGGGUAAAGUUUCCAUCUCUCUUCCUGGAGAGAGCAGUUCUGGAAGUUCUCUAUUUCCUGCUUUUCUGUCAUCCUAUUUAAAGAAGAAAUAACCUACAUCAUCGGAUGGUUUUCUAAACGUGGGUCAUCCUGGGGCCUUGUGGCCCAGCCCCUGAUGGAGGGUCCAGACCCCUGUUUCCCACUGAUUGUCAUUGAUCCCUUUGGAGAUGGUCCUACAAAUGUGGGUUUUGGGUGGAUACUGGAGUGAGCUUAACUAAAUGUCACACCAUUACAUCUGUUUACGUGCGCCAGCCAGGCGGGCCAGGGGCACAUCUUCUCUCCAAAUGCCACCUUAUCUCGCUCCCUCCUAUUCUGGCUCCUGCUCUGCAUGGGCUGCAUUAAUAAGGGCCUGUUCUGGGGACUUCCCUGGCAGUCCAGAGGUUAGGACUCUGUGUUUCCACUGCAGGGGGCCCGGGUUCAAUCCCUGGUUGGGGAACUAAGAUCCCACAAGUUGUGUGGCAUGGCCAAAUAAUAAUAAUAAUAAUAAGGGCCUGUAACACAUAUAUAUGGAAUUUGAGGGAAAAAAAUGUCAUGAAGAACCUAGGGGUAAAACAGGAAUAAAGACACAGACCUACUUGAGAAUGGACUUGAGGAUAUGGGGAGGGGUAAGGGUAAGCUGUGACAAAGCGAGAGAGAGGCAUGGACAUAUAUACACUACCAAACGUAAGGUAGAUAGCUAGUGGGAAGCAGCUGCAUAGCACAGGGAGACCAGCUCGGUGCUUUGU